AUGAACAAAUUAAAUAGUGAAGAGGGGCGAGAGGCCCUCAAUACACCCGAGAAGAAGCCUAUUGAAAAGAAGGAGGAGAGGCAGAAGAAGAAAGAAGAAAAACAGAAGAGGAAAGAAGAGAAACAGAAGAAAGAAGAAAAGAUAAAUGAAGAAGAGACGGCGACGAAAGAAAGCAAAAAGGAAGAAGAAAAGAAAAUAGAGGAAGAGGACAAGAAGAAGAAAGACAAGGAGGAAGAGGAUAAGAAGAAGAAAGACGAAGAAGAAGAUAAGAAGAAAGACGAAGAAGAAGAAGCUAAUAAAAAGAAAGACGAAGAAGAAGAAAAUAAACAGAAAGACAAAGAAGAAGAAAAUAAACAGAAAGACAAAGAAGAGCAGAUAGAAGAAGAGACAAAGCAGAAGAAAGAAGAAGACGAGAAAGAGAAGGAAGAGAAGAAGCAUCAAGAGCUACAGAACAAAACAAAUGAAAAAGAAGUAGCAAAGAAAGAAGAAAACAGCAAAAAAGAAAAGGAAGAAGACACGAACAAAGACCAAAAUAAUAAAGAGGAGACAGAAGAGAAGGAGACAGUAAUAAAACAAGAUGAAGGGAAGAAGGAGACAGACAAUCAAAAGAAAGAGACUGAAGACGAACGACCAACUGCAGCAGCAUCUUCACCCUCAAAGGCUUCUUCGCGCACCUUCAGCCGGCGCAGCAGCAGCACAAGCGAAGGAGAAGACAGAACAGCAGCAACAGCAGCAACAGCAGCAGCAACAGAAGCUAAAGCAGCAGACGAAGAACCUUCUUCUUUGUUUGCUUCUGCUGUCAAUGAUAUGAAGAUGGGGACAGAAAUAAUAAAAGAAGCAGCAAAAGAGACAGCCCUCGAUGCUGCUGAAGCAAUUAGAGAGACAGCAAAGGAGACAGCAGAUUGGUUAAGACAAGUGAGUGCAGACGCAGGAGAAAUUAUGUCUUCUGCCUGGCAUGCAGCAACAGACACAGGAGCAGAAGCUUCUGCUGCUGCAGCACAAACAGCAAAAAACGCGAGAGCUGCUGCUGCUGAUUAUAUACACCCCGACUGA